AUGAAGUGGCCCAGCUUCUUCUCCUCAUCCUCCUCCCGUAACCACCACACGCUCCAUGGCGAACUCUCCCGCCUCCUCCCCUCUCACCGCGAUGAAAUGCACUCGGCCGUGCCCGCCAAAUCCGUGACCCUCACAGCACUCCGACUCAAACAUCAAAUCGAAUGCGUGAUUCCCUGUGAAUUGGAAGAAGAGCGGAUCACUCGCCCACAUUCCGAUGUCAUCACUCCCGCCGUCGUGGCCACGUCCAAAUCCGCCGGCAAAAUUGGGGAAGAAGACUAUGCAUCCUGUGUCGUCUUUUGUCUGUUGAUCUGCAAGAAUUGGUUUAGAAGACAGGCCAUGUUGGAGCUGUGGGAUGCGGAUCUACACGAACUACGAGCCGUGGCGUGUGAGGUCAUCGCCAAACAGCUGAUUGAAGGGGAAGAGGACGKCAAUUACCUGAUGCGCGAUGUCUUGUUGAAGCGAUAUUCCAUCAUCGUCGACGGAGAAGACACCAAACCCGCCAACGCCAUUGAAAAGGCGGUGGAUUUGCAUGCCGUACGUGUGAUUGGAUCCUCGGGAUAUCAAAAGUGCAUUUCGUAUCUGUGGAGGGGAUGGUUGGUGCAGGAUGAAGACGAUCCCUCCCGCUUCACCGAUUAUCAACUCAAGACCAGCACCAAUUAUUGGGAUCAUUUCGAUCCCGACCGCAUGCGUGUCCCACAAUACCAGAAUGCGGUGCAGGUCAUGGUCAGCGUCGCCUAUCUGGCCCUCUACACCGGAGCCAUCAACACCAUCAAUCCCACCGGUGAUGUGGAUAUCGUUGAAGGAUUGCUGUACAUCUUCACCCUCGGCUUCAUCUGUGACGAGGCGACCAAAUUCUUCAAAAUCGGCAGAUAUUACUUUGGAUUCUGGAACAUUUUCAACUCCACCCUCUACGCCUUGCUUGUCAUCUCCUUUAUCCUGCGCAUCAUCGCCCUGGCCCAUCCGUUGGGAGAGGAGAAGCGGGGAUACUACAACACCCUCUCCUACAACUUCCUCGCUUUCUCCGCCCCCAUGUUCUGGAUGCGUCUGAUGCUCUACCUCGACUCCCUGCGCUUCUUCGGCGCCAUGCUGGUUGUGCUCAAGGUCAUGAUGAAGGAAUCCCUCAUCUUCUUUGCCCUCCUCAUCGUCGUCUUGAUCGGUUUCUUCCAGGCUUUCGUCGGCUUCGAUCAGGUUGAUAAUCAAGUCACCGCGACCGAAUUCAUCGCCAAGAUGAUGUUGAAUGCCAUUAUGGGUUCUCCUGAAUUCGAUGGCUGGGGUCGUUUCGCCUCGCCUUUUGGAUUAAUCCUUUACUACAUCUACAACUUCGUCAUCGCCGUCAUCCUGUUGAACGUCCUCAUCGCCCUCUACAAUUCCGCCUACGAAGACAUUACGGAAAAUGCAAUCGACGAAUACCUCGCCCUCUUCGCCCAAAAGACCAUGCAAUUCGUCCGCGCACCGGACGAGAAUGUCUACAUCGCCCCAUUCAACCUCGUGGAAAUCCUCUUCCUCGCCCUACCUUUCGAAUGGUGGCUCAGCAGACCCUACUACGAGAAAUUAAACGACCUCGUCAUGGGGAUCGUAUACUCCCCCGUUUUAACCCUCACGGCCGCUUUGGAGGCUCGUACGGCGCGCAUGGUGAGAUUUAAUCGUAGUCGAGGAGAAAGUGAUGAGGAUACGGUCGAGGAGUGGGAGGAAUUGGAAGGCGAGUGUGAUUUUGAAGGAAGUGGAUGGGGGAAGAGGGUGGAGGAGAGUUGUCCMGAUGUUGUUGUUGAUGGCACGCUGAAGGCUGUGAGGGAAUUGAGGGAGGAGGUUAGGGAGUUGAAGGAUAUGUUGAGGGAAUUGAAGGUUUUUCAGGAUGGAGGGGCGCCUGUUGAGGCGAAGUAA